AAUUCCAUAAACUUCUGUUCGUUCUAAUUUAUCACCAUUUAAAAAAAAAAUAUUUCAUAUAUGAUGACAUUGAAUUUGGCAAUAAUUGUAAUUACCGGCCAUAAACAUCAAUCAUUUAUAGACCAUUAUUUCGCCACCAUCACCCCACCACCAUCAACAACAACAACAACCAGUAGUUACAAUAAAUAAACAUCGAUUUGAUUCGAUCGAUCCAUCUCCAUGUCCAUAUAUUCAAAUGUUUACAUAUAUACGAAUAUAAUACAUCGAGUUACUAUGUUUGGUCAUACCAAUUCACUGAUUUUCCGUUAGAUGAAAUGCCGCAAUCAAUUUUUAAAAUUAAUGUUCUCGGAAAAUCUGCCACCUAUCAUGUAUAGGUGUGUGUGUGUGUGUGUGUGCGUAUAAAUGUAUCAGUGAAAAUGUAGUUUAUCAACAAAUGAUCAAUUUUUAAAAUUUUAAAUAGAAUACUUCCUCAAUAUUAUUUUCAAAAACUACAAUCGAACCUAAUUUGUCUACCUGUUUGUGUUUAUGGUGUGUGUGUGAUGUGAUUUAAUGGAUUUAUUAUAAAGUUAAAUCAAUUUUUUAUAUGCAAAAAUUGCCUCAUAUUUUUUUUGUAUGCAUUUUUUGAUGAAAAGAUUACGGAACAAUCAAUCGAUUUGAUUGCCAUUAAGAUAUGGUCUAUUUUUGUUACUAAAUUUGUGGUCCUAAAUUUUUAGUCAAAAUAUUGUAUAAAUAUAACCAUCAUUCACCAUCACCAUUUUCAAAUCAAAAACAAAUUUUUCAAGUUAUUCAAUAUUAACUCAUCAUCAUUUAUUCUGAUUCAACAAAUCGACAGAAAUUUUUUCAUUUGAAAAUAAAAAUGUCUGCCACAGACGCCGUCUAUAUCCGUAAUGUCAACUUUAGUUAUGGAAAUAAUCAAAUUCUUCACAAUUUUUGUGCUCGAGUUCCAUAUGCACAGAUCUAUGCAUUAUUGGGUCCAAGUGGAGGAGGAAAGACUACAUUACUCAAAUUAAUAUUGGGACGUUUGAAAAUGCAACAGGGCAUGAUUAGUGUGCUCGGUAUGACACCUGGUGAAGCAAAUUCAAAUAUUAGCUUCAUGCCACAAGAAGUUGGCCUGUGUGAUAAUCUAACAAUUAAUCAGACGUUAAAAUAUUUUAAAUUAAUAUAUCGAAUUUCCAAUGAAGAAUUCUACACCAGACGUAAAGAAUUGACUACAUUGACCAAUCUGCCAAAUGGAAACAUGCUGGUUCGUGAACUUUCUGGUGGCACUAAACGACGAUUAUCAAUUGCCGUUUCGUUAAUUAAUAAUCCAAGUCUGGUUAUAUUGGAUGAACCUACAGUCGGUAUAGAUGCAUUACUUCGGAAUCAAAUUUGGAAUUAUCUGGUAUCGAAAACAGCUGAAGGAAUGACCAUGAUUAUUGUGACACAUUAUAUUGAAGAAGCUGUCAAUGCUGGUCGUGUUGGUUUGAUGCGAAACGGUGCAUUAUUGGCUGAAGAUAAUCCACAACGAUUAAUGUCCAUAUAUGGUGAGGCGAAUCUCGAGGCCGUCUUUCUUAAACUCUGUUGUUAUGAGGACAAAGGCUAUAAUAUAUCCACCUCGGAUCUGCAAAAACAUCAUCAACCAUAUCAAAAUCAUGAAACAACUAAAAUAGAUCCAUAUUUUUGUUCUCAUCAUUAUUCAAUCGGUAAUCAUCAUCAUAAUCAUGACGAACUAUUCAUCAUUUCAAAUAAAUUCAACAAACAUUCCGAAUGUUCGGUUAGUAGUUGUUCAUCAUUAUCAUCAACUCCAUCCUGGAGAACAUUAUUCAAUACAAGAUUAUGGACAAUCAAAUUGUGGAUAUUGUUAACAUUGAUCUAUCGUAAUUUGAACCAAUUUGUAUGCUCUUAUUUUUCAAUCAUCAUUAUCUUGUUGCCGGCAACUCAAGCAUUGAUAUUCUGCCUGGCUGUCAGUAAAGAUAUUACAUUGAUACCAGCAGCUGUUUAUAACGAAGAACCGAAUCCUGGGUAUGGAAAAUUAUUCAUUGAUGCAAUGAAAUCCGUUCGUGGUCAUAUAAUUCAACCCAAAUACUAUGAUUCAGCGGAAGAGGCGACAGAUGCACUCCGUAAGCGUGAAGCAAUCGGUGCAAUUUGGAUACCAGAAAAUUAUACAGAAGCCGUCGAUAUAAGAAUCGAAGAUGGAUUAUCCGCCGAUAAUGAAACUAUCGAAGAUUCAACUAUUCGAAUUUUUCUUGAUAAUUCCUAUUACAUUCUCAGUAUUGAAUUCUACACUACAUUGUUGCAAUCGUUUACGGAUUUUUCACGCCAAUUGUUUCAUUCAAAGUAUAUGGAUCUAUUAGAAGUGCCGAUCAAAAUGGAAAAAACGGCAUUAUCAGAAGAUUAUCGUUUCAAAGAUUAUUUUAUGCCCGGAUAUUUUCUAUUGUUUUUGUAUAUAUCACAAAUUACUAUGGCAUCAUUGACAUUGAACAAAGAACGUAAAGAUGGCCUAUUCGAAAGAUCACUUAUUGCUGGUGUAUCACAUGAGCUUGUCUUUUUCUCACAUAUCAUCACCAGUCUUGUCAUUUCAAUUGUUCAGCUAUGGUUUCUUGAUAUUAUCGCAUUCGCCUUAUUCGACAAUCCGAGCAAUUCAAGUUAUUGGCUUAAAUUCAGCCUAUUAUUACUUGAAAGUUUGAAUGCGAUGUCAUUGGGAUUUGUUAUUUCAUCAUCAAUCAAUUCGGAGAUAUCCUGUCUGGUAUUGGUAUGGUUCAUAACUAUUCCUCAAUGUCUUUCGGCUGGAGUACUAUGGCCAUUGGAAUCAUUGUCUCAACCAUUCAAUUAUCUAUUCUAUUUAUGGCCAUUGAGUAUACCCGUGAAGACUAUUCGCCAUAUAAUGCUUCAAGGUUGGGAUCUUUCCAAUAUUCAUGUACAAUACGGCUUUCUUUCUAUCGGUAUACCGAUGUUAUUAUUUUUCUAUAUCGCAUUGAUCAUUUUUAAACGCAAACAAUAAUGUUAGUCGUUAUCGACUUCAACAAUUUCUUAUUUUUUGAUUAUCUCUCCUUAUC